AGCCAUUCUUGAACGCAACGAGACGGAGACGGAUUUGUUUACAUUCUGUUUGGCGGGGAAUUUCGUUUCAUAACUUCAGCCGAAACCUCGCUGAAUAUUGUAAUUAUAGGCGUGCGAUAAAUAGAGGCUGAAGUGCGUGAAUUAAAGACGACUGUUGUUUCCCACCCGACUAAACAGGGUCGCGGCAGUACAGUAACGUUAGCAUGACGCUUAGCUCGGUUAGCCUUCUUUAGUUCGUUUGAUUGUUUUUCGCCUCAUUGUUGAAAUGAUCUGCUGUGUGGGACCAGAAAUGAGUGGCUUAAUGAAAGAUAUGUGACUGUUUUGCUAACCUAGCUAGCGCUGAUGCUCUGAUUGCAGUUUGUACAUAUUAACUAUGCCGCUGGUUGACGUAGCUCACAGUCGGAGCAGUGAAAGUUAGAGCUGACCGUUUUCCUGGAAGUCACAACUUUGCAACAAACAAGUUCUGUGUUUUUACUACUGGCGUUCAGCGGGCAAGAAGACUCACAUUGUUGCUAUUAACUUCACAUGCCUGGACGAUGGCUGGACGAGGGCGUGGAAGAGGACGAGGUCAGCUGAGUUUCUGCAUGGAGGCUGUAGGAAUAGGAAAAGGAGAGAAUCUCCCACCUUCAACUGUCCAGCCUACACAACUGUUUCCUCCCUUGGAGCAUAAGCCAGUGCCCUUGCAGACAGGAGAGGAGGCAGAGUACAUGCUAGCUCUGAAGCAGGAGUUCAGAGCAGCCAUGAAGACUCUGCCUUUCUAUGUACGGCCUGCUGCGCCAAAGAAAGAUGUGGAGCGUUACUCUGACAAAUAUCAGAAUACUGACCCGUCCGACAGUACGACUGAAUGGAGCCCAGACUGGAGGCGUUUUCCGAAAGAGCUGCGUGUGCGGGCGAAGAGGCCUAUGAGUGAGAAGAACCCAGUUGUUGCCAAACACAGCAAGCAGCCACGGGUGGAUAAAGAGGAGAUCAUCCGCAAGUUGGAGACAUUGGAGAAAAAAGAGGAGGAGGUGAGUUCUGAUGAAGAGGAGGGUGAGAAGAAAAAAACAGAGGAAGAAGAGGCAGAGGGUGAGGAGGAGUAUGAUGAGGAAGAGUUUGAGGAGGAGACAGACUAUAUAAUGUCAUAUUUUGACAACGGUGAAGAUUUUGGUGCAGACAGCGACGACAAUAUGGAUGAGGCUAUUUACUGAUACUGAACUGGAGAACUGCGGGCAGCUACCAGAAGUUAAGCUGAGGAUGUUCGAGUCCUCCCCACAUUAAGCACAUUUGAAUGGUUGACUGUUUUAUUUGGCAGCUGUGUGUGUAAUCCAGGCCCCUCUUUACUAAGAGGUGAACAGAGUAGAUUUAUAAGACUGCUUUUGUAAUAGAAGUACAACUUUAAGCCGGAGAGGUACGAAUCCUAAUACACCUUAAAAUUUAAUCAGCUCUUUUCACUUCAUUGAUUUUACUCAACUGGCCAAUGAAAAACACAUUAUAAAUGUAAUGGGUUAGGUUUAAUUGAAAAUAUAAUGGAAACUCCUUGCCUUGAUUGAAUCAAGCAUAUUGUCGCUGUCAGAACAAAACCUUGUAUUUUCAUUUUUACCCUUUCUAUUUAUUUACAUGAUUUGAAAACGCCAGCUGCCAAAUACGUUGCGUUUUUGUGACAAAUGGACAAGGAAAUUAAAAAUUACUUGGAACAAAAUUGUGUUACAUAAACUUACAUUAAAAGUUAAGUCUCCUGGAAAGUUACCAUUUUCGAGAGACAAGGUUAAGUUUCUACAGCGAUGACAUAAAGUAUGUUACUAACAAAUUACUGAAUUAUGGCAACAAGUUUGAACAAUGUCCAAGUACAAUUGUCAUUUUCAGAUUAAUUUUGCAUUACAUUUUGUAAAAUAAGAAGAAAAAAAUGAGAGACAUACACCUGUUGUCAGUUUUGUAUUACUAUUUGUAGACUUUUAACACCCAGUUGGGUUUUUUUUUUUUUGAAGUUUAUCUGUUUCUUAUAAAUAGCAACAUAUUUCUCAAUAGUCAUAUUAUUUUGUUGUAUUCAUUUAUUGUGUUACAAACAAUGAAUGUGCACAUUUUAUACAUUUGAAUGUUUUAAUGUUUUUUGUUUGUUUUUACAUUUUAGUGAGGUAGUGUUUUGAUUUGGUGGUCUGCAUUGAUUACGUGUUCCAUUUGCAUCACCAGCACUCCAGUUACUUCAAAGUAUUAUAGAGGUUGUAUUAUUGUUAUAUGUAGUGGUUUUAGUGAAAGACACUUUUGUCUCAGUAACAGUAAGCACAAUAAAUUAACUAGUCUUAAACAAGUGA